AUGGACCAGAAGAAAUUAGAGGACCUCUUGAAAUUGCUUCAGGUUAACCAAGGUGACCUGUCCAAAUUGACAGAGCAACAAAGAAAGGAUAUGAAGGAUUAUAAAUUUUGGAAGACUCAACCUGUUCAAAAAUUCGAUGAAGCAAUUGACCAAGAAGGUCCAAUUGACGCUACGAAAACACCUGCAGAUGUUAGAGAUGAGCCUUAUCCAAUGUUGGCAGAAUUCGAAUGGAGCACUGUCGAUAUCAAUGACGCACAGCAGAUGGAAGAUGUUUUCAUUUUGUUGAAUGAGAACUAUGUUGAGGAUAAAGAUGCUUCAUUUAGAUUCAAUUAUACCAAAGAAUUUUUCCAUUGGGCUCUGAAACCACCUGGAUGGAGAGAAGAAUGGAAUGUAGGUGUUAGAGUUAAAAGUACAGGUAAACUUAUUGCUUUCAUUUCAGCAAUUCCAAUUAAUCUAGCUGUUAGAGGUAAAGAUGUACCAAGUGUAGAGAUUAAUUUCCUAUGUGUUCACAAACAACUGAGAUCAAAGAGAAUGACCCCUGUCCUUAUCAAGGAAAUCACUAGAAGGGUCAAUAAGCAAAAUAUCUGGCAAGCUCUAUAUACUGCUGGUGUCGUGCUACCAUCACCUGUAACUACAUGCCGUUAUGCCCAUCGUCCUAUUAAUUGGAAUAAAUUGCAAGAAGUUGGAUUUACAGAUGUUCCAGCUGGUAAAACCGCAGCAGAAAUGGUAGCAUUAUAUACUCUACCAAAGGAUACUAAAACUAAAGGUCUGAGACCUAUGGAAUUGAAGGAUAUCGGUCAAAUGAUGACUUUAUUUGAAAAAUACGAAUCUCGUUUCGAAUUGGUGCAAGCAUUUAACGAAAGUGAAUUCACUCAUUGGUUCUUAGGUGGUAAUGGUAAAGAAGAGAUUCCAGAUGAUAAAAAAGUGAUCUUCACCUAUGUAGUGGAGAAUGAGGAAGGUAAGAUAACCGAUUUUUUUUCAUUUUAUUCUUUACCAUUCACAGUACUAGAACACGAUGUACAUUCAGAAUUAGGUAUAGGUUACCUAUUCUAUUAUGCUUCUGAUGCAGAUUUGAAAUUCAGUGAUAGAUUUUCCGAGGAUGCUACUAAAGCUCUCAAGACCAGAUUAAAUAGUUUGAUAAGUGAUGCCACUAUAUUGGCUAAGCGUGCAAAGAUGGAUGUUUUCAACGCCUUAACAUCUCAAGAUAAUACAUUGUUUUUAGAUGAUUUGAAAUUUGGUCCAGGUGACGGUUUCUUAAAUUUCUAUUUAUUCAAUUAUAAGGCGUUCCCAAUUGGAGGUGGUCUUAAGGAUGAUAAGAGCUACGACAUCGAAAAGCGUAGUAAUGUAGGUGUCGUCAUGCUAUAG